GAGCAGAUAGACGAUUCGACGUUCUGCACAAUGAACGACGACGCACCCACCAGGAUUAUGGGCAGCUGUUGCAGCUCGCCAGACUUAACAAUAGUCAGCGCUGGUCUGAUAAACAGCAUAUCAUGGCGACCUAUGCUGACUUUGGCAUCAGACCAUCUGCCCAUAGUCAUCUCGAUCGAUAAACCAACCGACUUUGCUUCCGUGGAGCACCGAACAUAUAUCAACUUCUCCAAAGCUGAUUGGAAAGGCUUCGCGGAAUUUACUGAAAACACCCUCGCUGCUCUCCCCACACCAACCGACGUCCACCUUGGUGAACGUAAGUUCCGCAUGGCUGUCACUGCUGCUGCAACCCGCCUCGUACCGGCAGGAUGCAUCACUGACCCACGUCCAAAUUUCCCUGCUGAAGCGGCUGUCCUAGCCGGUGAUCGUGACAGCCUUCGUCAGGCCGAUCCCGGUGAUCCCCGUAUCAGGGAUCUCAAAUCGGAGAUUCGGCAACUAGUGAACGUACAUAAGCGGAAGAAGUGGGAAGAACAUAUGAAGGCCUGCAACUUCACCUCUGGUGUGAGUAAGCUUUGGUCAACCGUGAGGUCACUGUCCAAUCCGACGAAGCACGACGACAGAGUCGAAAUUUCCUUCGGCGACCAUAUAACUCGUGGCCUUAACCGUAACCGUCCCUGUGAGAGAACGAUUCUAGUAGCGUUGGACUUGUCAAAGGCGUUUGACACCGUCUGCCAUUCCACGCUACUAGAAGAUGUAGAGGCUUCCUCUCACCCACAGAGGCUCAAACGGUGGUCGGCAAAUUAUCUGAGUGGUCGACAUUCGUCGGUAAUGUUUAGAGACAAAACGAGUAAGCAGCGAAAAAUAAAACAG